CCAAGGUUGUUUAUUUCACCUUGUCUUCCUUCUCCCAUUUUUUUCUCCGCCGAAGAACUGAGGGAUUUCUGGACGAUCAGUUUACUCAGCUACAACAGCUACCAGAUAUUGUGUUUGAAGUUGUUUCUCCUUUCUUUGAGGAUUCUGAGAAACUUCUCAAUGAAUUAGCCACAACUCAUAAGUAUCUUUGAUUUCUUCUUUCUGGGUUUGGUUUGGCUUCUUUUAAUUUUGAUUAGUGGCUUAUUUGGUUACAAGAGUCAACAGUGUUCAUAUUUCAAAAAGAUUGGUACCCAUGUUCAUCAACUUAAGGGCAGUAAUGUUGUUGGCUUAAAUUUUGUUAUCUGGAAAGCAACAUAUAUACGUCUCUUCUUUUUCAUUCAUUCAAAAUCGAAGAAGUGAGAGCAAACAAGAAAUGGAUGUGCCCUUGUAGCAUAGAAAACAAAGGAAUCAGGCCAUAUUUGAUAUGUAACAGAGUUGAAAUUUUGUGUUUGAAGGUGAGAAAAAAGUGAAAAUGAACGAUUUCACCAAACUUGAACUGAAACCUGAUCAUGUCCAUCGUCCUAUAUGGGCUUGUGCUGAUGGUCGAAUCGUCCUCGAGACUUUCUCACCUUUGUACAAACAAGCUUAUGAUUUCCUCAUUGCAAUUGCUGAACCUGUUUGCAGACCAGAAGUUAUGCACGAAUACAACUUAACCCCUCAUUCUUUAUAUGCUGCGGUAUCAAUUGGUCUUGAAACCGAAACCAUCAUUCGAGUUUUGAAUCAAUUGUCAAAAACAAAUUUACCGAAGGAAAUGAUUGAUUUCAUCCACGCAUCUACAUCUAAUUAUGGGAAAGUGAAGCUUGUUCUCAAGAAGAACCAAUAUUUUGUCGAAUCCUCAUUUCCAGAGGUAAUAAAGACGCUGUUGCGGGAUGAGGUGAUUUCUCGGGCAAGGCUUUCUUCUGAGGGUUCAAGUGGGACUGAUUCUAUCACAAUUGCCAAAGCAGUAAAAGAGAUAGCAGGUGCGCAUGAUGAGUUGCUAAAUGGAAUUGAGUUGGCAGCCGCUGAAGAAAAAGAAACGCAUAGCUUUGAAGUUGACCCAGCUCAGGUGGAAAAUGUCAAGCAACGUUGUUUGCCGAAUGCUUUAAAUUACCCUAUGUUGGAGGAGUAUGACUUCAGAAAUGAUACAGUUAACCCUGACUUGAACAUGGAACUCAAGCCUCAAGCUCAACUAAGACCAUACCAGGAAAAGAGUCUGAGUAAAAUGUUUGGAAAUGGUAGAGCAAGAUCAGGAAUCAUUGUUCUUCCUUGUGGAGCAGGAAAGUCCUUAGUUGGAGUUUCCGCAGCUUGCCGGAUUCGCAAGAGCUGCCUUUGCUUAGCAACAAAUAACGUUUCUGUGGACCAAUGGGCAUAUCAAUUUAGAUUGUGGUCUACUAUUAGAGAUGACCAGAUAUUUUCUUUCACAUCUGAGAAUAAGGGAACCUUUCGUGGUAAUGCUGGUAUUUUGGUGGCCACGUAUGCCAUGCUUGCUUAUGGUCGUAAGCGAUCUGAAGAGGCUGAAAAAAUUAUGGAACAGAUAAGAAGUAGAGAAUGGGGAUUGCUUCUUAUGGACGAGGUACAUGUGGUUCCUGCAGACAUGUUCCGCAAAGUCAUCAGUAUAACCAAAUCACACUGCAAGCUUGGACUCACUGCAACACUAGUGAGAGAAGAUGAACGUAUCACGGAUUUGAACUUCCUUAUUGGUCCAAAAUUGUAUGAAGCCAAUUGGUUGGACUUGGUAAGGGGAGGGUUUAUUGCAAAUGUACAAUGUGCUGAAGUAUGGUGUCCAAUGACAAAGGAGUUCUAUGCCGAAUAUUUGAAAGACGCGAACUCCAAGAAAAGACAGGCGCUUUAUGUGAUGAAUCCAAAUAAGUUCCGGGCAUGUGAGUUUCUGAUACGGUUUCAUGAAGAGCAGCGAGGUGAUAAGAUAAUUGUUUUUGCUGAUAAUCUUUUCGCGCUUACUGAGUAUGCCUGGAAGCUUGGAAAACCUAUGAUCUAUGGCGCUACCAGCCACCAGGAGAGAACGGGACUUCUCCACACAUUCAAGAACAGUCCACAUUUAAACACUCUUUUCCUCUCUAAGGUUGGUGACAACUCAAUAGAUAUCCCUGAGGCCAAUGUGAUCAUCCAGAUUUCGUCUCAUGCCGGUUCGCGACGUCAGGAAGCUCAACGACUGGGUCGUAUUCUUAGAGCAAAGGGUAAACAUCAAGAUCGAAUGGCUGGUGGUAAAGAAGAGUACAACGCCUUCUUCUACUCCUUAGUAUCUACUGACACACAGGAGAUGUAUUAUUCUGCAAAAAGGCAACAGUUUCUGAUUGAUCAAGGUUACAGCUUUAAGAUCAUCACAAGUUUGCCACCAUCUGACUCUGGAGCAGAUCUAGGCUAUCACAGUCGUGAUGAACAAUUGCAUCUUCUCGGGAAGAUACUAAAUUCUGGUGAUGACAUGGUUGGUAUGGAGCAAUUAGACGAAGAUACAUAUGAUGAUACAUCUGCAGAAGUUCGCCGCACUCUUGGAUCAAUGAGUGCUAUGUCUGGUGCAAACAAAAAUGUUUACAUGGAAUACAGCAAGGGAAAGUAUCCUGGUCAGGGUAAUCUUAAAAGUGUUAAGCCCAAGGACCCAGCCAAGCGGCACAGCUUGUUUAAAAAGCGAUUUGGUUGAAAGACUUGCGAACUUGUUACUAAAUCAAAUUUGAAGAAUGCUGACAUUUGUAUGUCAUGUGGACUAGGAUUCCUCCAAUUCAAUAAUUUUGCAAUUUGGUUCCUUGGAUGCUUCUAUGGCUCUUGUCGGGUCUUGGGGCUGUGAAUUAUGUAUCUAUAGAUUUCGUGUUCAUUUUUAGAUACCGGAAGUGUACUGUUUAUUAUAAAGCUGUGAUAGACUUCUUGAAUUACAACAGCCACUUCAGUUUGAAAGCCAAAGUCGAUUUGGACAUUGGGGUACGAGGGUUCUCAUGCUCCCUCCCAGUAAGGGAUGUUAGGUUCGAAUUUGGUAGUAAUAAAUUUUUGGGAAAAAUAAGGUUUAGUCCAAAAUCCCAUUCAAAUAUAUUAUUUAGUCCUAACUCAUUCAACUAGGUACAAAUUAGUCCUUUUUUAUGGAAAGUACAUAAAUAACAUUCCUGUUUACAGUAUAGUCCAAA